AUGAACCAGGACACUUUCGUUCAAAAAACCUACACAGCAGGUACGAUUCCGCCGCAACGGCAUGCGGUGGCAUACCAAGCAUACCCAACUCCUAGUGGGACUUCUCAUUAUCCAGCGUCGAUAGAGCAGCCUAUCAUGGUUAGUAAUCCAGUGAUGAAGUCGCCAGAUGGAUUUUUAGCAUCGCAAAUGAAUGGGUUUCAUCUCCAGUCGCCAGCAACUGACAACAAUCCGAUGUUUCCUUCAUUUACAUAUAACCCAAAUCCCCCUAUGGCCUCGUUCCAGCGGCCUGUCAAGGUACCUGUCAGUCCAACAUCCAAUACAGUGCCCAAAAACCUUGCUCAACAUCCACCUUUUUAUACACCUCCGUCUAUGAAUUCAACUGUUUUCAACGCUAAUGUGUUGCCUCAGACACCAGCACCUUCGAUGAUUCCGGCAGCUGCGGGCCAGCUUGGACAUGUGCUCUCGUCUCCUAAUGAACCUCCACAUGUUUCAUCGCAAAUUCCGGGCUACUAUUCUACAUCUUCAGAAAAGGCUUCCAGCCAUAAUGGAACUAUUUCCCAAGAAAGCGUCAAGACCGAAACUUCUCCCAGUAUGUUGAACCAAAUCAGCCCGGAAGAUAUAUUUGCAACGCUGACAGAGCCCGAAGAAGGAGAUUUUCCGGACACAACCAACGUGACCAUCGAUGAUAUUUUGAAGGAAGACCCAUUUGUCGACCUCAAACCCGAGACCACCGACAACGAAGCGAGCUUCAUGUCGUGCUUUUUGGACUUGGACGAGCUUUCGGGCGACGAUAUACCAGUCAAGGCGGAGGAGCUCAGUGGGCUCGGCAUUUAUAGCAUUGGCAAGGACCAUGGCGAUGAUGGAGUUAAAUCUGGUAAAAGAACCGGGGACAUUCUCGCGGCAGAAACUAUUAAAACCACCUCCCACGCCGCCAGGUCGGAAAAAGCGUCAAAGGAGAGGACGUUGAAAAAGUCCAAGUCGUUUAGCGGCAACGCAACCAUGGUUACAAAAGUGAAUUCUGGAUUAGGAACUCCCCACACUCCAUCCACGAAACAGCGUCCGAAAUUUUCGUUUAGUGAAUGCUCGGGAGAAUUCGCAGUACAAAGUCUGUACUCGUUUGUUUUGGAAAAUCUGGCCAUGGCAGGCAACAAGCCUUCAACAUCGAGAAGACCCGAGAGACCGAUAAUGAAGCGUGCGGUUACUUAUGCUCUCGACACUUCUCCCACAAAAACCAGCGACGUACCACCACCUCUACUCAAAAGCAUGGAAUCGGGGUGUCUACAGUUCCAGGUUGACUUGGGCAAGAACAUGUAA